AUGGAGGAGGUGCCCCCCGACCCCGAGACCAUGCUGGUGCUGGGGAAGCUGGGCUUCCAGCUGGGGCUGCUGCUGGCUCACGGUGCCUACUGGGAGGUGUAUGAGGCUGCAGCCCCCCCACUGUGGCACAAGGUGGCCAUCAAGGUCAUCUCCAAAAGGGAAGCGCUGGAGGAAGACCUCAGGAAGCUCCUGCCCCAUCAGAUGCAGGUCUUGAAGGGCUUGUGCCACAAGCACCUCGUCAGGCUGUGCCAAGGCAUGGAGAUGAGGACGGGCUUCUACCUCCUCAUGGAGCUGGCCCCCUCGGGGAGCGUCCUGGAGUGGGUGCAGAGCCAGGGACCCUGCUCCCAGGGCCAGGCAGGGCUCUGGUUCUCCCAGCUGCUCCUCGCUCUGGCCUACCUGCACAGCAGGGCCAGCGUCCACCCGGACUUGAAGCUGAAAAACCUUCUCCUGGACAGCAAGGACAAUGUGAAGGUCUCCAUCCCAGCUUCUCCAGGAGGAUGGCCCUGCAGGAUGCCAGUGGGGAGUCCCUCGGCCUCCCCACAUGCAGGGUUGCCCGCCAAGGCGGUGCUGAGCCGGACCUUCUGCGGGUCCUAUGCUUACACCUGUCCCAAGAUCCUGCAGGUGCAGCCCUACAACCCCUUCCUGGCAGGCACGUGGAGCACAGGGGUCGUCCUCUAUGCCCUCCUCCCAGCGUUCCCCUGUCUUCCCCCGAAGGCAGCCCCUGCCCCAGGACUGCAAGGUGGGGGCCUGGGGGUGGCUGGGGGGACAUUGGAGGGGCAUUAG